UUCUAAUAUGUUAUUUUAUCCUGACAAUCCCAAAAAUAUACUUUUUCAAAUCUAAGUGAUUUUUAAUAUUGGAAGCACUAUAUAUAUACAUAUAUAUAUAUAUAUAUAUAUAUAUUUCAUUCAUUAAGUAUUUUAGUCUUGAUUUUUACUCCUAGAAAAAGUUUAAUGAAAUAUCAUGACAAGAUUUCAAUCACCUCCUUUUGAGUUUGUUCGAAUAAUGAAUGAUUAGAUCAUUCGUCUACUAUUUGUUUCUCCCUAAUACUAUAUCUAGCUAUUAUAAUUGUAAGAAUGAGAGAUUUGAACUAUUUAUUAUAAGUUUUCUGGUUUAUCAUUUAAUAAAUAAACAAUUUUUACUUAUACAUAGUUUACAUAUACUAGAAUGGUAAAGCAUUAUAUUUUCUUAUCGGUAUACUCUUAAAUAACUAAACCUAAAAAACGUAGGUUAAUAAAAUAAGUAAUUUUUUGUUGUUCUACAAUUAGAUGUUUUUAGACCAAACUGGUGAAUAUACAAUAGACAAACAUUUAUAUUACGAGUAUGUACUUAUAUUAUAUAACAAUUUGAUACAUUAGAUUUGAACACUAACUUGUGAAUAGAGUUUGCCAGUGAUUUUCUUCAAAAUUUUGAUUUUUAGAUAUGUAUCUGGAGUGGAACUAAUUUUACAUAUGUGUAUCUUUUUAAAUUGACACUUAUGUAAUUCAUCGAAUUCACAGAAGAAGUUAAAAAAAAAAAAUUCAUAUCAGUGAAACAUAAACGAGAACGAAAGCAUAAAUUUAUAGAAGUAGAAAAUGAAAUCAUUUAUGGAUAGUCAAUAGUAAGCAAAUCGAAACCAGAAAACGUACUCCCAUUUCGUCAUUUUACAAUAAAAGUUGCCUAUGUGAUUUUUUUGAUUUGUGUCAUUCAUAAAACAUAAUUUUCUUUUGUGCAUAUGAAGUCUUAAAAUAAUUAAAAUGAGUUGUAAUAUGUUAAACUCUUCAACAACGAUGAUACAUUUAAGAUACCGAAAUUUAUAUUCGUCAUUUUACAAUCGAUAAAAAUUGUACUGUUGCAAAAUGUUAAAUCGAAUUAAUGAACAAAUAUUAGGAUAAAUAAUACACUCAGCGCAUGUGCAGGUUAUCAUCUAGUAUAUAUGUAUAUAUUUUUGAAAUGGAGGGAGAAUAACUUAUUGUUGAGAAAUUCUUUGUUCUCAUGAUUGAUGAUUGAUGAUGCUCUUAGUUGGCAUGAGUAAUAUAUAUACCUUUCGUGGGUAUUGUUUAAAUGGAAAAUAUUAUUUCAUUAAACAACCAAAAAACUUACCCAAAGCAAAAUAAAAAUAGAACUGGUUACAAUAAACCUUAGUCGUAAACACUUUUUGCAUCAUAGUUACAUUGCUGCAUGAUUAAAUCCAGUUCAGUUCAGUCGAUGAGGAUAAACAACGUUUGUUAUUCUCAAAGAAAUUACUCCAAUGGCGUAAGACAUUGGAACAUGGAUCGGUUAUGUCUUUGACAUUCUGUGAUUGGUUAAUAUAAAAAAAAUGCCGCAAUAAUACAUUGAAAAGAAUAAAAACAUCGACGCAUGUCUGUCUUUCUCUCUAUAUCUUUCACGUCGUUAUGUUCUUCUUUGAUCACAGUUUGACCAUUCGUUUAUUUUGCCCUUCAAUUCUCUCUUUCAUUCAAAGGUUACACAUUUGUUCUUUCUUUUACUAGCUUGAUGGAGUACAUGAUUUUUCUUGUGUGUGGAAAGUAAAAAGAUGGUUGUGAAACAAGGUUUUGGGUGACUAGGUUUAGACAUAAAGUUCGUGCUUUCCACGUCUCAUGCUAACUUUAUUUUCGUCUGUUCGGAACCUUUUUUUCUUUUAACUAAUAAACGCAACUUUUUACUAGCAUUUAAGGUUUCUUUUACCAUGAUAUCAAUUUAUUAUUUGGAGUGAAUCUCAGGUUCCUUUGGAAUUAAGCAAUCCAUGUAUUUUUUUAAAUUUACUGAUCGCUAUUUAAUGGCAGUCUCUGUCUUUUCUCCUUCGUGAGCCCUUUAUUAACUCUUUUGUUUUAGCUCAUAUAGUUCUGUACAAGCUAUUUAUACUUGAAGAAGUCUUCAUCAGAUUUUUUUGAGGAUUUAGAAGAUGUCUCAAACUGCUGGUAAACUAGGAAUGGUUACUCUGGACAGUGAAGUGGUGCCAUCUUCACUUGUGGAGAUUGCUCCGAUCCUCCGUGUAGCCAAUGAAGUAGAAGCAAGUAACCCUCGUGUUGCUUACUUAUGUCGGUUUUAUGCGUUUGAGAAGGCAUGCAAGCUUGAUCCCACAUCAAGUGGUCGUGGUGUUCCCCAGUUCAAGACUGCUCUUCUUCAGCGCUUAGAACAUGAGAACGAAACAACUCUCGCAGGAAGGCAGCAGAGCGACGCACGCGAUAUGCAAAAUUUCUAUCAACACUACUACAAGAGAUACAUCCAGGCUUUGGUCAACUCUACUAACAAAGACGACCGUGCUCAACUUAGAAAGGAAUAUCAAACUUCUUCUGUUCUUUUUGAAGUCUUGAAGGCUGUUAAUCAGACUGAAGAUGUGGAAGUGCCUGAUGAGGUUCUAGAAGCCCACACAAAGGUUGAAGAAAAAAUCCAAAUCGACGUGCCUUACAACAAUCUUCCCCAUGACCCUGAUAGUCAAAAUCUGGCUAUAACGAGAUUUCCUAAGAUACAAGCCACAGUUACCGCACUUUGUAACACGAGGGGUCUACCAUGGCCAGCAGGCCACGAGAAGAAACUCGAUGAAGAUAUGCUAGACUGGCUUCAAACCAUGUUUGGUUUUCAGAAAGAUAAUGUUGUUAAUCAAAGAGAGAACUUGCUUUUGUUACUUACUAAUGUACACAUUCGACAGUUUCCGAGACCUGAACAACAGCCAAAGUUGGAUGAUCGCGCAGUAACUAUAGUGAUGAAGAAACUUUUCAAAACCUACAAAAAGUGGUGCAAAUACUUGGGUCGGAAAAGCAGCCUCUGGAUGCCGGUGAUUCAACAAGAGGUUCAGCAGCGGAAACUGCUAUAUAUAUGUCUCCAUCUUUUAAUAUGGGGAGAGGCUGCAAACCUAAGAUUCAUGCCAGCGUGCCUUUGCUAUAUAUAUCACCAUAUGGCUUUUGAAUUGUACGGGAUACUGGCUGGGAGUGUUAGUCCAAUGACAGGGGAGCGAAUAAAGCCGGCAUAUGGUGGUGGUCCUGGUGGACAUGAAGCUUUCCUGCAGAAAGUAGUGACUCCUAUAGACAAGACAGUAGCUAAGGACGCAAAGAGAAGCAGAGGAGGAAAGUUGAAGCAUUCUGAGAGGAGACACUAUGACGACUUUAAUGAGUAUUUUUGGUCAGUUCGGUGCUUUCAGCUAGGGUGGCCUAUGCGAGAUGAUGCUGAUUUAUUUUGUCAGACAGCUGAGGAACUUCGAAAAACUUAUAGAUGCUUCUCUGCUUUUGCUCUUCGCCGUCUAUUUUCUAUCCAGCGAUGGAGGAGGAAUGAUGACAUCAACGACACAUUUGAUAAAAUAUUGAAAAUGAUGUAAACACUUUCUUUUAAUAAAAGAGAGAGAACAUAUAACAAACCAUUAUAAUAAGUUACUCCCUCCGUUUCAUAUUAAGUGUCGUUUUAGAGAAUUUUUUUCGUUACAAAAUAAGUGUUGUUUUCGAUUUUCAAUGCAAAAUUUAUUAAUUUUAUGCAAAAUUUGUUUUUCUA